CUGCUUCCUGAGUGAAGCCUUGCUCAAGCGCUCUCUGAAUGUGGUUUUCCUCCUAGGCCAGCACCCAGCCGAGAAUAGUGCGGCUGACUUGCUGAUUGAGGUCAGCAACUCCUGAGAAGCACGAGAAGCCAAGGGUUUAUCAAAAGACAAUCCCCUGCCCUAGGACAAACAUGAGGAGCGCAGCCAAGCCCUGGAAUCCUGUCGUCAAAGCGGGGAGCCAUGGCCCCGAACGUGCACGGCCCCUUCCUACAGCUUCUUCUGGCAUGAGGAGUUCUAAAUCUUCAACCUCCUUGGCUUUUGAGUCCCGUCUCAGCAAGCUCAAGAGGGCCAGUAGCGAGGAUAUGCUCAACAAACCUGGAAGUACCACCUCAUCAGGGGUAGUUCGACUGAAAAAGACCUCGACAGCAGGAGCCAUCUCUGAACUAGCUGAGAGUCGCCUGAGGACCAAUACAGGGGCUGUUUCAACAACCAAACGGACAGGCAUCCCAGCUCCCCGAGAACUCUCAGUAACUGUCUCAAGAGAGAGGUCUGUGCCACGUGGUCCCUCCAACCCAAGGAAAUCUGGGUCCAGUCCAACUUCCUCCUGUACCCCGACCCCUACCAAGCACCUGAGGACCACUUCAGCAAAAUCCAAGCAAGAGAAUGAAGGUGGAGAAAAAGCUGUUCUUGAGUCUCAAGUUCGGGAACUUCUGGCAGAAGCCAAAGCCAAAGACAGUGAAAUCAACAGGCUUCGAAGUGAACUAAAGAAAUGUAAGGAGAGAAGGGCCCUGAGCACUGAGGGGACUGAUGCUUCAGACCCAAGUGUUGAUGGGAUAUCAGCCCCACCAGGUGACACAGAACCUUUAUUAAGAGCCCUUGAGGAGAAGAACAAAAUCUUUCAGAAAGAGCUUGCUGACCUAGAGGAAGAAAAUAGGGCCUUGAAGGAGAAACUGACUUACCUCGAGCAGUCACCAAAUUCUGAAGGAGUAGCAAGUCACAUUGGUGACAGCAGCUGCCCAACAUCCAUAACUCAAGAGUCAAGCUUUGGAAGUCCAACUGGAAAUGAGCUGUCAAGUGAAAUUGAAGAGUAUAAAAAAAACACACAUGGAAAUACAUUGCGGACAUCAGGGUCCUCAAGCAGCGAUGUUACCAAAGCUUCCUUGUCACCAGAUGCCUCUGAUUUUGAGCACAUCACUGCAGAUACCCCGUCUCGGCCCUUGUCCUCCACUAGUAACCCUUUUAAGAGCUCCAAGUGUUCCCCUACUGGGAGUUCCCCAAAUAACGCCAGCGAGCUGUCCCUGGCUUCCCUCACAGAGAAGAUACACAAGAUGGAAGAAAAUCAGCACAGCACUGCAGAAGAGCUGCAGGCUACUCUGCAAGAGUUAUCAGACCAGCAGCAAAUGGUGCAGGAACUGACAGCUGAGAACGAGAAACUGGUGGAUGAGAAGACGAUUUUAGAGACAUCCUUUCACCAGCAUCGAGAAAGGGCAGAGCAGCUAAGUCAAGAAAAUGAGAAACUGAUAAACCUUUUACAAGAGCGAGUGAAGAAUGAAGAGCCCAAUGCCCAAGGAGGAAAAAUCCUGGAGCUGGAGCAGAAGUGCACAGAUAUUCUGGAGAAGAGCCGCUUUGAAAGAGAGAAGUUGCUCAAUAUUCAGCAGCAGUUGACCUGUAGCUUACGGAAGGUUGAGGAGGAAAACCAAGGAGCUUUAGACAUGAUUAAGCACCUAAAGGAAGAAAAUGAAAAACUUAAUGGGUUUCUAGAACUAGAGCGGUGUAAUAAUAGUGUGAUGGCCAAAACUUUGGAAGAAUGUAGAGUUACCUUGGAAGGCUUGAAGACAGAGAAUGGGUCCUUGAAGUCUCAUUUGGAGGGAGAAAAGCAAAAAACUAUGGAGACCAGUAGUACCCUGGGGCAGACAGCAGAGAACUGUAAAGUCCAGGAAAUGUUGGAAGUGGCUCGAGCUGAAAAAGAUCAACUGGAACUGUCUUGCACAGAGCUCAGACAAGAAUUGCUAAAGGCAAAUGGUGAAAUUAAACAUGUUUCAAGCCUGCUAGCCAAGAUGGAAAAAGAUUAUUCUUACCUGAAGGAGAUCUGUGAUCAUCAAGCAGAACAGCUGAGCAGAACCAGCCUAAAACUGCAAGAGAAAGCAUCAGAGAGUGAUGCAGAGAUAAAAGACAUGAAAGAAACCAUAUUCGAAUUGGAAGAUCAGGUGGAACAGCACCGGGCUGUCAAGUUACACAAUAAUCAACUCAUUAGUGAGCUGGAAAGCAAUGUGAUCAAAUUGGAGGAACAGAAGUCAGACUUGGAAAGGCAGCUGAAGACCCUGACAAAGCAGAUAAAGGAGGAGACAGAGGAAUGGAGGCGGUUCCAGGCAGACCUGCAGACUGCAGUGGUUGUGGCCAAUGACAUCAAGUGCGAGGCCCAGCAGGAACUGCGCUCUGUUAAGAGGAGGCUGCUGGAAGAGGAAGAGAAGAACGCCAGGCUACAAAAGGAGCUGGGGGACAUGCAGGGCCAUAGCAGAGCUGUGAAUGAAGAAUCUGAGCCCUCAGAGGUCGAUGCUGCUGGCCGGUGGCAUGGCGUCUACGUCACCAGAACAGCUCCAGCACCUGCAGAAUCUGCAACGACUGUUAAGUCACUGAUCAAGUCAUUUGACUUGGGACGCUCAGGUGGAACUGGACAGAAUAUUUCUGUCCAUAAGACUCCCAGAAGUCCCCUAAGUGGAAUACCAGUAAGGACCACUCCAGCAGCUGCUGUCUCUCCCAUGCAGAGGCAUUCGACUUACAGCAGCUUGAGGCCAGCCAACAAAGGUGUGACUCAGCGCUUAGAUCUUCCAGACCUUCCCCUCUCAGAUCUUCUGAAGGGAAGAGCUGAGGACCUGAAGCCAGACCCUUACCUCAGAAAGAGUCCCUCAUUGGAAUCACUGAGCAGACCCCCUUCCCUGGGCUUCGGGAGUACCAGACUGCUGAGCGCCUCCACCGGGGGGUUGAAACCACCAAGCAAACUCAGUGUGGAACGAAGAGACCCUCUAGCAGCCCUGGCUCGUGAAUAUGGCGGCUCCAAGCGCAACGCACUACUGAAAUGGUGCCAGAAGAAGACAGAAGGCUAUGCGAACAUUGACAUCACCAAUUUCAGCAGCAGCUGGAGUGAUGGCCUGGCCUUCUGUGCUCUGCUCCACACCUACUUGCCUGCCCACAUCCCGUACCAUGAGCUGAACAGUCAAGAAAAAAAGAAGAAUCUCUUAUUGGCAUUUGAAGCAGCUGAAAGUGUAGGAAUCAAACCCAGCUUGGAGCUCAGUGAGAUGUUGUACACUGACCGGCCUGACUGGCAGAGCGUGAUGCAGUAUGUAGCCCAGAUCUACAAGUACUUUGAGACUUAAACCUCAGGGCCCAAAAGAAUUAGCUGCCACCAACAUUGGUUUGUCCUGGAAGUACCUGGUUGCCACCAAUCUUGCUCUGCCCACUGUCCAGCCUCCUGGAUUUCUAAGAAAGGCUCAAACCAAGUGAAUCAACACUCAAAGAAGAAACUAGAGCUGGAUUCUGCAGUGUCCCUAUUGCAAAUGCAAAUGCAUUUGGAGUAUAAGUUGGGGAAUCUUUGCUCUUCCAUGGCAGGUUUCUAAAGAGGAUGGCCUUCCUUCUUCCAAACCAAGAUCCCACAGGCAUAUUUCUGUGAGAAAAAACCCAGGACGUCACCAAUCCCACAUGGUGACUUGAUGCGUAAUCUGCACAGAGAUUCUUGAGGUACAACACCUCCAAACCAGUUUUUUUGUUUUUUGAUUUUUGGGUUUUUUACUUAAAAUCCCUGGCUUUUGCUUUCAUAAAAACUGCCCUUGUCAACCACCCCACAAAACAUAAAAAACAAAGAAACUUUUGCUUUGCUUCAAAGCAACCUUGGAAACACUUUGGCUCUGUAGAACUCAACUAUUUGAGUCUUCAAUAUGCAAAGGAGCCUGCGGUGUCUUGCUGAAGGUCCCCUGAGGUGUCUCAUAGCAGGAAGUGUGUACAGUGGACGGUUUACGGGCUGAAAGGGAAACCACAGUCAUUGUCCACAGCAUCUUCUAUCCCAUUUAUUCACCUCCUAUUCAUACCCACGCACAUUUGUCACACAUGAAGAACUUGAUAGUCACUUGUGUGUGUGCAAUGUUGUGUAUGUUGUGGUCUUUAUGUUUUUGCACAAACAGGCUGAGAGUGUAUGUCCCUCUGGAUUCUGGAUAGACAGCAAAUCCAAACAGUAUUCCAACUCCAGGCGACUUAGUCCUUGGGACUUCAUACUGGGCCUUUUACAUUUGCAUGACAAAAAGAAGCUCUUGGGGGUGGGCUUUGAUGGCUCCAAUAUAACUGAAUGGAGGGAAAUGCAUUUCCCCUAAUAUCCUACUGGUUACCCUAGUAGAGGCAGGGACCUCCCAAGGUGCUCAGUCUAGGUAUCCAUCUGGUGGCUGGUCUUCUACUUGGACAAAUAAAUGUAUUCUGUAGCAAAUGAGGGGGCCCAUUCACACAGGCAGUCAAGGUAGAUGUGUAAAUGUCCAUGACUUGCUGUUUUAAGUGCCAAAUAGCUGUUAGUACCCCUCUGACAAAGGAUGUCUUUACAUUAAGUCCCCCAGAAUUACAACUACUGCCAAAAUUCUUUAAAGUGAAUCCUGAUUGCUGAUCUGAGCCGCUCAUUCAGGGACAGGUUAUGGAGUCCACUCCCUGUCUUGGGAGUGGUAUGGGCUCUUUCCCCUCCUCCAGGUUAACUUUUCCCAGAGGUGUCUACUGGGUGAGGCCAGCCCUCAUUCUCAAACUGUUGUGACCUCUAUAGGGCUGGAGUUUCUGCCUUCCAGUCUGGUCUGUGGUUCUCAGCUGUGGCUCUGUAUCCAUAUCCUCUGGGGAGCUUCUAGAAGCCACAUGCCCAGCCUCCCUGGAUCAGUGAGUCAGAAUAUCUGGAAUGGGAGCAGAGAUGUGUGGUGUGUCAUUCCGAGGCCUCGGGGACUCGUUUUGUGACCCCACAGCCGUGCAGAAGUCAAGCUCCCAAGCAGUUGCUUGGGGACCAGCAUUCAUUAUGGAACUAGCCCCUUGUUUUCGAAUGGAAGCUUGGGAUUCAGCUGUAACAGUUUUAACUUUCUCCUUCAGCUGAAUGUGUUCAAAUGAAAGUCCCUGCCUGUGCUGCUUCCUGCACCUGUGUUAACAUCGAAGCUGACAUUGUUGGCGCAUCUUCAUGAUUCCCAAGCUUCUCCUUUGCCACCAUCAAAGUGGAGAGACGUAUAUUCCAACUAGUCGGGUUGAGCUGUGGAUGGUAGUGCCUAAACUGGGAUUACCCCAGGGUUUUGUAUGGGACAAGCAGUUGAGGUCUUGGGAUUCACCGAGGGAUGGUCAGCCUGAUUGACACUCUGUUUGCAAUGAUGAUGUGAAAAGGGCUUCAGAAGAGCUCUGGGCCAGGCAGAGCUAUGUGUAGUCGUGCCGUCUCCAGUAGGAGCCCACAUUACCCAUGACUGGCCACACUUAUCCCUUCUUUGUCAGUAAAGAAGGAGGGGAAAACGUCCUGUGAAACAAACUGCCACGUGCAGUUUGUUCUUAAAAUUCAAGGAGUUUCCCUUACUGUUGAAGAGGUGAUCUGAGUGUGGAGGUGCAAGUUUUAGGACCGUUCAGAGCACAAAACUGACGGUGAAAAACUGGUAAACUAAGAAAAUUAAGUAGCAUUUCUUAUGUUUUCUCUAGUUCUCAGCAAAUUGUACCAUUUCCAGUUGUCUGUCUUGAGGAUUUUAGAGACCAUCAUAGCCAUGAUUCUUCCGUCUCCCCCGCAGCUGGUACUUAAUUUAAAAUUAUUUGGUGGUUCUGCAGAAAAAAAAUUUAAUGUAUGAUUUUUACAUAAAAGCUGCAAAAUACAAGAUCCUGAGAAGUUAUUUAAGAUACAAAGAGAAGUUGGCAGUUCUCUGCACUGAGGAGUUGCCUCCUGGAUUGCUUCUCAGCUGACUGGUGUUCCCCAGGACAGCAUUGUGAGGAACCUGCCUCCUAGGCCCUUCACACCUCAGAAACAAUGUUGGUCUUCCGUUUUUUGUCCUUUGUUCUGUUGUUGAUGGGCAGCUCUUGUAGAAAUCAUCCAAAGUAAAUGCUAUGGGUGGAAGACAAAAAUGUCCUGCUGAGCAUGGUGGCAGCCACCAGUAGUCCCAGCUACUUGGGAGGCCAAGACAGGAGGAUAACUUGAGUCCCAAGGUUUGAGGCCAGCCUGGACAAUAUAACAACAUAGCAAGAUGCCAUCUCAAAAAAAAAAAAAUUAUCAGAGUGAUUAGCCAUCUCAUGAGAACAGAGAGCUGUUGUGUUCUCCUCCCCACCACCGACAAAUGUCAGUUCUCAAUCUCUGCCUUCCCUCUUCCCCAUGGAGGGGUGGAUGUGUCACUGGCCUGUGGAGAUGGUGAACUCUCUUCCUUAGAGACAAGCCCACCUACCAAACCCAGAAGUUAGUUCUUACCAUUCCACAUUUUGAGGGCCAUUUUGAGAAGCAGUAGAACAUACAACCUCUCAGCCUUUUUAAAAAAUAUUUUUAAUACUUUUUGCCCUUGCUCACUGGCCAUUUCAGUCCUCUGACCCAGGUUGGAGUUUUGCUGAACCCAUAACAUCCUGUGUAGUUCACUGAUUUUUAACUGCAUUAGUUGAGGACACUUGAUACGUCCAUGGCCCAGUUUCUACAAAGAGCACAUUAGAUCGAACCAAGCACUGUCAGGACAUGACAUGCUAACAUAGAUGUAUUAACCUGAAAGUGUAAGAUGUGUGACUGUAAUAUUUCUAAUAAAUAUAUUUUGUUUCUGUCCGA